AUGGCGGCGCGGCGAAAGAAGAGGAGCGACAGAGCAGCAGCAGACUCCUCCGAGGAGGACCUUGCUGCUGCUGCCCAACAGGAUAGUAGCAGCAGCAGCAGCAGCGAGGACGAGCUGCCUGCAGCAAAACCUAAAAGCAAAUUUGUAGCUCUUUCAUCCAGCAGUAGCGACAGCAGCAGCAGCAGCAGCAGCGACAGUGGUAGCGCCGACAGCAGCAGCAGCAGCAGCGAGGAAAGUGAUGCUUCUGACGAGGAAGCAGCACCAGCCAAAGUAGCUGCUGCUCCCUCUCCGAAGCCAGCAACAGCUGCAGCAGCAGCGGCGAAACCUGCAGCAGCAGCGGCGAAACCUGCAACAGCAGCUGCAAAGCCUGCAGCAGCAGCUGCAAAACCUACUGCAGCAGCAGCAGGAAAAAAGGGAAAGAAAUCUCCGCAGGUGGAUGAUGAUAUCGACGAGCUGCUGGCGGAAAUUGAGAGUCCCUCACCUCCCAAAGCAGCAGCAAAAGCAGCAGCAGCAAAACCAGCAGCAAAGGCAGCAGCAAAGGCAGCAGCAAAGGCAGCCACCAAGGGGGCAGCAGCAAAGGGAGGGGCAGCAAAGGCAGCAGCAGCAGAAGACGGAGAUGAUAUAGAUAAGCUGCUGCAAGACAUAGAAGGGGCUCCCACUGCGAAGCCCGCAGCAGCAGCAGCAGGAGCAGCAGAAAGCCCCGCAUCAGGCGCAGCAGCAGCAGAUGCAGCAGCAGCAGCAGAUGACGCAGCAGCAGCAGCUGCAGCGGGGACGAGCCAGGCAGCCCAAGGCAAACUCAGCAGAGCAGCGCAGCGGCGACAAAAGAAGAAGCAGCAGCAGCAGCACAAGGAGUCUUCUUCUUCUGAAGGGGAGGUAAGCAACUUUAGUUUUUUUUGUCUCUAA